CUUCAGGGGGCACAUCUGUAGGCCCAGUUACUGCGUCGCUUCUUGCUGGUCUGCAUCUUCCGUUUCUGGAUCAAAGUCAUUCUUCUUCGUCGGGAGAGGAGACUACCACAGGGCGUCGCGGCAUCAAUGUCUACGACUUGAUUGACCAGGAAGAUAAGAAAGCAGUUCGGGACUCGGCUUCAGACAGCGGUGACGGAAACUUGCGUGAGUAUAUGCGACAGCGCGAGACUUUUGCCAGCGAGAUGGCACAAACGAUCAAAGAUUUUUCUUCAGAGCAGCAAAAUGCAGAACCACGACGAUCUAACGUUUAUGAUAGCAUGCCAUCGACAGCCAGUCAACAAGGUGGCGGCUCCUCGUCAUCCACUGCGAAAGCGAAUAACGGAUCAUCAUCCUCAUCAGCUAAUCCUAACACAGGAGCAGGUGGAAACAAGUUUAGAGGGUUCAAUCCCACAGUAAACGAGACGGUUGGUCCAGGACCGAAGUUGGGGAAACCGCCAGCGGGGGCGACGAACAAUCCAUCACCAAGACCACCAGGAGAGCAAGAACAGAAUGGGGGAGCAUCUUCAGAGUGGACCGGAGGUCGCAAUCACGAAGCGCGGGAGCCACGGGUUUACAACAAGACAGUACACCCAGACGGCACUCGACCAGGAACUGCCGAAGAAACAGAGGAUGGACAAAGUUAUAGGAACAAAGGGCGUGCUGGCGGUUCUAGUGGCGACAGCACAUCAGCUGCAGGCGGUGACGACAGCGCGCAUCAGCAGCGCGACUACGCGCAACAGAACACGAAGCAAGAACGCUUCUAUUCACGGCUAGGGGCAAAGAUGGGUGGUAGACAAGGCGGUGUCUUCGGUGGAGCUGGUCGGCAGGAGCAGGAUACCAGUAGGCAGCAAGAACAAGAACGAGCAUCGUCUCAGAGCAAUAGCAAGAAUGCGGGCACAGGAGCUGCAUCUUCCUCUGGCGGUAAUGGUUGCAACAGAGAAAAGCAAGGAGACACUGGACAAAAGCGGAAAAAGGACGACAGUCGAAGCAGUCGCCGCGAUAAAGAUCCAAACAGUGGAUUUUUCUGGUAUGAGGGACACUACUAUUACUAUGAUGCAAAGUACAACGUCUACUGGUGGUGGGACGAUGCGAAUCAGAAGUAUCACCAAUGCGUAAGCGAGGAAGAACAGAAACGGCAACGAGGCGCUUCAACUUCCUCACGAGCCAGCUCAUCUGGUGGCUCGGCUCAGGCGCCGCCUGGCUUUCCUUCGUUCGGCGCAAAGCGCGGCUCCUCCUCUGCUGGCCGUAGCACUACAGGAGGGGCCUCCUCCUCUUCCGGUGCUAGGACUUCCAGCAGUGCGGGGGCAGGUGCAUCUUCUACAGGUGCAGAAGGGGCCUCCUCGUCUCAAGCUGGAGGAAAUCCGAAACAAGGACCUCCACCGGACUUCUCUCGAACGGCCGCGAACUUCAUGUCGUCCGCAGACGACGCGAGCGCUGAGCAAAUCCAGGUGAAUCGCACGAUUAUGCAAUUGAUUACGGAAUUGCAGGAUAUGCAAGAUGCGGAACUUGCUGAACGCAAGAAGAUCUUCCGAAAAUUGUGUUUAGAAUGGCAUCCGGACAAGCAUUCAAACGAUGCGCAAUUUGUUGCGAAGUGUGCGUUCCAGUUCCUGCAGGAGAAGAAGGCUCACUUUCUGCGAGCCGAUUGAUGAAUAUUUAGUCUCAACAUCUAGAAUUUCUUCUACUCCUGCUCUCUACUUCUACAUGUCAGACGACGGGUUAGAAAAGGGCCGAGAUUGAAAUGAUGGCCUUAUUCUUCGUCACCGCUCUUCUACUUUCCACUCAUCCAGUUACUAGUUCCAGACUUUCAUCAUGAAUUGCUUAAACUGUUCUUUGGAAGCUUAUCCUCGCUAGAUGAACUACUUAAAACCUCAAUGUCAACAUCAUGUACUUGUAAAUUGGGCGUUUUCUUCGCUCUGACCAAGACUCUUGAAACUUGGAGUUUAUGGGCACGCCGAGGUCGCAGUCGCACAACUGGUAUAAAGUAUACCAUGUAUGUUUUUUGCCGAC